GAGGAGUAGCAGGAGUAGCAGGACGGAGUUAAGGAGUGCGUGGAGAUCUCACGAGCUCCACACUCUCGCGGAAACACAACCGCAGCUACUUCCGCCCACACUAAAGAUGGCGGCUCCCUUCAUGGAGAAAUUAGCUGAAUCUUUAGGUUCACCCGAACCGGCGGUUCGAUUGAUGUUGUCAAUCUUAUUAGGUUAUCCCUUUGCACUGGUGUACCGGUGGUUUUUAUUUCAUCAAUCUGCAACAGUUGUUCAUCUCUUCCACACAUUCUCUGGGCUGGCGCUGGCCACGUUUAAUUUUGGGUCUCAGGUCUGUCACUCCCUCUUAUGCGUAGUCAUUCAGUUCUUGUUGCUGAGGCUGAUGGGAAGGACAGUCACAUGCGUUUUGAGUAGCUUUAUCUUUCAGAUGAUAUAUCUGUUGAUGGGUUAUUACUACACAGCUACUGAGGAGUAUGAUAUCAAGUGGACCAUGCCUCACUGUGUCCUCACGCUCAAACUCAUCGGUUUAGCACUCGAUUACUACGACGGUGAAAAAGAACAAUCUCAGAUGAGUGCAGAACAGAAGAAGUCUGCCCUCAGCUCUACGCCGUCUUUGUUGGAGAUCUUUGGUUUCUCAUACUUCUAUGGAGGCUUUCUGGUAGGGCCUCAGUUCACACUACGAAACUACCAGAAUCUGGUGUCUCGAGAGAUGUCCGAUGUCCCUGGACAACCACCCAGUAGUGUGGUUCCAGCAAUGAAGCGAUUUGGUUUAGGUCUGAUCACUCUAGCAAUCUUUACGAUAGGUGGGCUGCACUACUCGGAUAGCUACUUCUUAACAGAUGAGUUUGAGGCACAUCCAUUCUGGUAUAAGUGUGUGUACAUCUUAGUGUGGGUGAAAAUAAACCUGUAUAAGUACAUCAGCUGCUGGCUAAUCACGGNAGGUGUGUGUGUACUCUCUGGGCUGGGCUACAAUGGGAAGAACGAAAAAGGGGAGCACCAAUGGGAUGCCUGCGCAAAUGUGAGGGUGUGGCUAUUUGAGACCACACCCCUCUUCACAGGCACCAUCAAUUCCUUCAACAUCAACACAAAUGCUUGGGUGGCCAGGCACGUGUUUAAGAGGUUGAAGUUUUUGGGUAACAAGUUGUUAUCUCAAAUGUUCACAUUGUUAUUCCUGGCGAUCUGGCACGGCUUGCACUCAGGGUACCUCAUCUGCUUCUCCUUGGAGUUCAUCAUUGUCAAUGUGGAGAAGCAGGCUCAGUCACUGGUGCGGGACAGUCCUUUGCUGGCAUCUAUCGCUCAGAGUCAUCUGUAUCCAUUUGUAUAUGUAGUACAGCAGUUAAUUCACUGGCUAUUUAUGGGAUACCCUCUGGUGCCAUUCUGCCUCUUCACUUACGACAAGUGGCUCAAGGUUUACUCCUCGAUAUAUUUCUGUGGACACAUAUUUUUCUUCUUUGCCUUUCUUGUCCUGCCAUACCUCCGCAAGGUGUUCGUGCCUCGAAAAAGAGGCAGUGAGAAAAAGGAGGAUUAAUUAAAAUGGUUUGUUUGCAGCUGUCUAGGUUUGACUGAAGUGAACUGUGACUUUUAAAGAGCACCUGAAGAGGACACAUUUUAAGGCCUUUAGUAAUAUAUUACUAUUUACAUCAAGCACUGAUGUAUGUGUACAAAUGUUAGUCCGAUGGAAAGUUUUUCUCAUUCUUUGGGAGUUGUGGUGGACUAUAAUGAAAAAGGUUGAAAGCUGGAGAAAUACAAGCUUUUCUAAGGUUCAUUAUUUGUUAAAUAAGAUUUACUGAUGUUUGGUGACUCAAAUAGUUAUACUGUAUCUGCUCAUACCAUUGCACUCAUUACUCAGUAAUGAUCUCAUUUCCUGUUUCCUGUCUCGUCAGAGAACUGGCUUUUGGCUGAUGGAAACAAAUGAGAUGUGUUUUAUUUUCCUUUGCUAGGAAUAUUUCAACCUCACUUACCCUUAAAAAGACAAUGAAAUGUGAAACAAACAAAAGAGUGAAUGGUGACACAGCAUCGCCUGUCAUUGUAAAUGAAUGUUUUUCAUUUUUAUAAAGGUUUUUUUUUUCUUCUUCUUCUUCUUUCUUGUGAUCAGACAACUUCUGAUGGGGAUUCUUCUUUUUUAGGAAUGGGUUUUAUGGUAACUAAAUUUUUUAUAGCAUUUUCGACACUUU